AGGAUCUCGAUAGAUUGAAACGCAAUCAGAAUUGCUCCAAACCUCUGCGACAACUCGCCCCUUUCGUGGACGCGCGCGGAGUCCUCAAGGUGGGCGGUAGACUCACGCACUCCGCAAUAUCUCAUGAGGCCAAGCAUCCCGCGUUAUUGCCCGACUCGUUUUUGUCGGCUCUGAGGCGUUUCAUCGCUAGGCGCGGUCGCUGCUCGCGGAUCUACAGCGACUGCGGCACCAAUUUCGUGGGGGCUCAGCGCGAGCUCGUCAGCUGCAUGGAGGCGGCCUCAGGGCGAGAACAAAUCCAGUGGUCCUUUAACCCCCCUUCCGCGCCACACUUUGGUGGCCUCUGGGAAGCGGGGGUUAAGGCGACAAAGACCCACUUGAAACGCGUGGUGGGAGCGCAGAUCCUCACGGUGGAGGAAUUCAGUACCCUCCUAGCACAGGUAGAAUCCAUCCUGAAUUCCCGACCUUUGUGCCCCACCAGCUCGGAUCCCCACGACCUCGGGGUGCUCUCCCCGGGGCACUUUAUCACAUUAGAGCCGCUCGUAGCGAUUCCCUAUCCCGACCUAGACCCGGUGCCGAUAGGCAGACUCGAUCGAUGGCAGCUGGUGCAGCACAUGCACCAACAGUUCUGGAAACGGUGGCAUGAAGAAUAUCUACACACCCUCCAGCAACGACCAAAGUGGCUAAAGCCGGCUGACGCGAUAUCAAAGGGCACGUUGGUCCUUCUAAAAACCGAAAACGCCCCUCCUCUGGCGUGGAGACGAGGGCGCGUCGAGGAAUUGCAUCCGGGUCGUGACGGGGUCGCCCGGGUCGCUACGGUGAGGACGGCGGACGGCCUCCUUAGUCGCCCUCUGGUGAAGCUGUGCUCUCUGCCGAUGGACGGCUCACCGGAGGGACUCGCUCAAACAUAG